CGAGAAAAAUAUGUAAAUCUGGUAGCCAGGUUACUCACGGCAGUGGGAUUUAUAGCAUCAUAAGAUUUUAUGGCUUCAACAAUGAAUUCUGAGUCUUUGGAAGCAAAGAUCUAGCUUUGUUUUUCACCGAGAAAGGCUGUACGAUAUCGGACCUGGAGUUUCGCUUGGAAGACUGUGAGUUUGGUGCUGCAUAUCAAAUGGCUUCCUAAAGAGAAUGAAAGGGCCAGAAAGCAAAAGAAGUUGGCCUUAGUUCUUGAGGACUGGAAAGCACUAUCUAUCAGAUAAAUCGCUAUCCAGUGGAUAAGUGGUAACAAAACAAGCCACAGUAUCUGCUGGAUUGCAAGUUAUUAGUUGGAUAGCAUUGUCCACCUUUCAAACAAGGCAGGCCUGGUUUUGUUGUUUGCAUGUGUCCAAGGUGAAUAAUGGUUUCUGAACCUGGGUUAAAGUAACUACUCUGAUUAAUGCUGGGUUUUCUUGUUCUGAUUUUGCCCAGAGGUCCAGUUCUUGGUAUUGACCUUGAAGGAUUAUAGCCUCUGGGAAUGAGACUGGUUGAUUUAAUUUUGAUAGUUCCUGAGAUUGUUCCUAGUGACAAGUUUUUUACUUUGUUUAGUUCUGAUGACUUCUUGAUCACUUGUUGCUUUAUGACAGCCAUUAAAACACUGCUUUAAGCUCAAUUGCUGAUGCUGAACCUGGGUGGGUGUAACUGUAACACGGUACAUGGAUGGCAACAAGCACAGGCCCUUGGGAUGAAACUGACGAUAGCGCAAGUUAUGACCCUCCUGCAACUCGACCUCCAAGAAGAAGCACUCUCAGAGUGAGCCAUCUCCGUCAGCCUUACGCUCGACCACCCUCUCCCCCUCGCCAUCCCAGCCGUGCUGCCUCUUCACGACCCAAAAUGGGUGGAGUGGUGGCUGAGAAAGUUGAGGACCUUGCAGCAUCACUGCAAGCGACCACAGAGGUGUUAUCCACAGCAGAUCGCAUGCUGGAGCACUACAGAGAUAUAAAUGUCGAGCAAGAUGAAGAAAUUGCAAAGUUAAGGGCUGAACUUGAAAAAUCUGCAGACAUUUUGAGAAGGGAACGAAUUUCAAGAAGAAGGCGCCUUCCUGCGACUCCCUCGUCAUCACAGUCAGAGGAUGAACAUGGAAGGCCAGCUAGAAAGAGAUUACCAGUGCGGUUUGACCAGGAUGUUCGAUCUGAUGUUGACCAGCUAAGACAGGCAGUCAGGAAUCUAAAAAGUGAACAAAAUCGAUUGACAGGCGAGUUGGAAAGAGAAAGGGAAGACCGUGCAAGAGUUGAUGGGGAUUCUUGGGGAGGCAGACAUGACCAGCGAGGUCCAAAUGGAACAUCAGAUGUUAUCUCCAGAGCUGACUUAGCAGAGAGAGAGAGGCUUCUUAAUGAGCUGCGGGAAACAGAGGAGGCUAGCAGGCGACAAGCUGAAGUCCUAGUUAAGGGAUUAGAUGCAGAACGUGAUGUGUUACGUGAAAGUCAAAGAUUGGCUUCAGAAAGAGACAGAGAGCUUGAAACUUUAAGACAACAGUUGCAGGCCAAUCAAAAAUCACAGCAAGAUGAAAUCGAAAACAGACUCAAGGAAAUACAAAAAGAGAUGCGUGCGGAGCGAGAAUCUUGGGAGAGGAAACAACAAGAAGUCGGUCAACUUGCCAGUGAAUUGCGAAAUGUUAGGAGUUUGUUGGAUGAAGCAAACGACACGAAAAUACGAGAAGAAAUCCGCUCAGUGGCAAGUGAGCUAGAAACUGAACGUAGGGCCCUGGAGGAGAGCGAGCGGGAGAAGAGAUUGCUGGCCUCUCGGGUGGAAGAUCUCUCGGGGAGACUGGAACUUUCCGAGAGGGAACGCAGGGAGGUCAUGACCGAGCUAGAUGCUGCCACAAAGAGAUUGGACCAGAGCGAAGGAGGAAAAAACGCUCUGGUUGAUCAGGCAGAACAAUUACGUCAACAGUUUUCGCGCGCAGAAACUGAGAGAAACGACUUGUCUAGAAAACUGGAAGAGGCUCAAGGAAAGUUAGAGGACAAUGAAUCAGUUCGUAAAAGACUUCAGAACCGCUUGGAAAGUUUGAAUCGACAGAUGGAAGAAGGGCAAGGCGACCGUGAACGGCUUGUGGAACAACUUGAAACCCUCAGGGGACAGGUUGCAAAGUCUGAGCGAGAAAAGGAUGAGAUGAUGCAGCAGGUGACGAGAAUGACGAGAAACGCGGCUCAAAGACGUCAGUCAUUCGGCCCAACCUCCUCAGGGACCGCUCAACUCAGGAGGAGCAUGGGCCGAACCGAGGGGCCUGGAGGCGACCACGUGUCCGAGAUGAGGAGGAACCUGGAUCGAUUUGAGUUGGAGCGAGACCUGGAUCGCAGGCAUCCUGCCGGAGAGUCUUUUUAUGAUGGACUUGCUGGAAGAAACUUGAGGGGAGGGGAGGAUAUGGAUAGGUUGGACAUGUUAAACAACUUGGAACUUCUGCAUCAGGACAUGGAUCGAAAGGACGAGCAGCAGGAGAGGUUACUCAGCCAGAUGAGAGAUCUGCUCUCCAAGUACGAAGAAAGCGAAGAACAGAAGAAACGCUACAUGAACGAGCUGGAGACUGUGACCAAGAAACUGAAAGAAGCCAGCAAAGACGUGCGAGAGCUGGAAGAACAGUUGGAGGAGAAAGACAACCAGCUGAAGGAUAGCGACAAGAAGAGAACAGAACUGAGAAACAAAGCUCUGCAAUCUAUUAAAGAAUAUCGUACAAAAUGCAAGAGGCUGGAACGGCAGGCAGAACAAGGACUCUCAGCGCACCCGCAAGAACCGUUGAAAGAGAUGAAGGAAAUCAAAGAACUGCGUGCGAAAGUGGCCAAGCUAGUUUCCAAACUCCAAGAGGAAGCCGAGCAGCGACAGAAUUACGAGGAACGUAUUUUGGAAGCGAGACAUCAGGAGAGAGCCACUAAAGAAGAGGCCGCGUCACUCUACGCUCAGCUGCAACAAGAACGAGAUGCGCACACGAACGCACUGAGAGAGCUUGAGGAACAGAUCCAGUCUCUCACGGCUAAUCACGAACAAGCUCUACAAGAUGCUGCUAAAAAAUCAAAUAAACAGAGAGGUGAAAUAGAGGAUCAAAUCGCCGAUAUGAAGAUUCAACUUGCGGAUGAGAAGUCUACAAUCAAAGCGUUACGUAAACGCCAAGAAAAAGACCGGGAGGAGAUGGAGAAACUUAACACUGAGCUGAAUGUAGCGACCGAGGAAAACAACAAGUUGAAAACCCGCUACGAACAGGCCAAGGAGGAAUCGGAAAACUUGAAAGAGACAAUUGAAGUCAACCAGAGCAGGAUCGCUCAGUUAGAGGAUGCUGUGCGGCGAAAUCAGUACGCGCUGGAGAAGGCUUCCGAGGAACAACAGUCUGGUCUACAGAAAGUGGAUGAUCAGUUAGAUCGAGUUAUCGAGCAAGUCUGCAGAGAUUCGGACAUGCCCCUCCCGUCUAUGCUCGCCAAUGGAAGCAUAAGAAACAAUUCUCAAACCUGGAUUGCUGACAUGAUAGGUAAAUUCCGUUGGCUUUCUGAAGAGCUGAAAGCUCGCCUCUCAACCGAACGCAGGUUAAAGGAACAGGCUGACUGGAGCCAGAAAAGAAUCAGGGAUGUUGUCCAAAAGGCGGACGAAGACAAAGAGUACUUCAUAUCAGAACUGGACAAGCAGAGCAUGCUGCUUGAUGAACUUGCAGCACAAAAGAAAGGUUUGGAAUCGAAGAACAAACAGAAUACUGACAACAUUAAAACUCUCCAGGACAGAAUAGCUCAGUUGACUGCUCAUUUAGAAACGAGUACACGAGCCCUACACGCCACGGCCGAAGCCCUGGAUGAUCGGCAAAAGGUUUUAGAAGAAUUUGAGGGCUUACGGGGCGAGCAGAGAGAAAGAGACAAACUUCAUGACAAGUAUGUCAGAUAUAAAGAAAGAGUUGGAAGUAUUCGGCGAGAACUUCAAGGAGCGAAAUCAAUGGCUGAAGACUACAGGCAAGAAACCUUAGACGCCAGCACUUUGUCCACAAGACUGUUGGAGAGUUUGGAUCGUAUUUCAAGUCCUAAAGCUAAACAGCGAAGACUUCACCAGUUUCCAGAUACGCCACCGACUAACAUGAGACCAUCCACAGCUAAAACAAAUCCCGUAUCAGAAUGGUCUCCCACAUCUGACAAUACUUUCUCGACUCUCUCUGAAAACCCUUCACCCAUGACUUCCCCGUUGAAAACAGACAGGAAGAGAUCUCACAAGCUACAGGAAUAUCGCUCUAAAGGCCCAAUAGCAAGCACUGACUUGGACUAUAAAGAGCGAUAACAGCACGACAAGGUGUACGUCACAGGGUAAAUAGAAGCACCGUUGGUUAUUACACCCCACUGAAGUGACUAUUUAAGACGACGAUAUAAAUAGUGAAUAUAUUAUAAUAACAAGAUGUACGUUUUCUUAUUUAAAACGGUAACACUAUUCACCCUCGAUCACCCCACACAAAAAAAUAUUCACGCGCCCUGAAGAAAAAUGAAAUGAGAUUAAUAUAUUGUAGCUACACGAAUUCAAUAUUUGUAGUCCCAUUUUGUAAUUCAACGGUUGAUUUGUUCACAUUAAAAUACACACUGUGAAAAUU